AAAUGAUAGCGUUUCGCCUCCUCCAACUCCUUCCGUUCAAUGACGUUACCCUUUUUCUAAAACCCUAAAGCCUGCACCUGUUCCUCUCGGUCUUCCAUUUUUCUGGGGGACUCCACGCUUUUCGGAACUCUAUCAACUCUCCGAUUAUGGCAGCAUUUCAACUCUCUAAUCUAUCAACUUCUUCAAUUCCCCCUCAGUUCUAUCACAAGCCAUCCUGGAUCUCUUCCUCUUCUAAUUGCAACCGAAAAUGUCCCUCUCGAAGACACCAUGUUGGCUUUGUUAGCUGCUCAUUUUCUCCUAUGGAGUCCGCCAAGAUUAAAGUAGUGGGAGUUGGUGGAGGCGGCAACAAUGCCGUUAAUCGCAUGAUUGGCAGCGGUUUGAAGGGUGUUGAUUUCUAUGCCAUAAACACGGAUUCUCAAGCCCUAGUACAGACUGCUGCUGAGAAUCCACUUCAAAUUGGAGAGCUUCUGACACGUGGUCUAGGUACUGGUGGGAAUCCACUUUUAGGGGAACAAGCGGCGGAAGAAUCAAAAGAAGCGAUAGCUAGUGCUCUCAAGGGCUCUGAUCUUGUGUUUAUAACGGCCGGUAUGGGUGGAGGCACUGGGUCUGGUGCGGCCCCAGUUGUUGCCCAGAUUUCCAAGGAGGCAGGUUACCUGACUGUUGGUGUUGUUACUUAUCCAUUCAGUUUUGAAGGGAGAAAACGAUCCUUGCAGGCGCUGGAGGCGAUUGAAAAAUUGCAGAAAAAUGUUGACACUCUUAUAGUAAUCCCCAAUGAUCGCUUGCUUGAUAUUGCUGAUGAACAGACACCCCUUCAAGAUGCUUUUCUUCUUGCUGAUGAUGUUCUACGUCAAGGAGUACAAGGAAUUUCUGAUAUAAUUACGAUUCCGGGGCUGGUCAAUGUGGAUUUUGCUGAUGUGAAAGCUGUCAUGAAAGACUCGGGAACUGCAAUGCUCGGAGUUGGCGUUUCCUCCAGCAAAAAUCGCGCAGAAGAGGCGGCUGAGCAAGCAACUUUGGCUCCCUUGAUAGGAUCAUCCAUUCAGUCAGCUACAGGAGUGGUAUAUAACAUUACGGGGGGAAAGGACAUAACUCUUCAGGAAGUGAACAGAGUCUCUCAGGUUGUGACAAGUUUGGCAGACCCAUCAGCGAACAUAAUAUUUGGGGCAGUUGUGGAUGAUAGGUACAGCGGAGAAAUCCAUGUAACCAUAAUUGCAACAGGGUUCUCUCAGUCCUUUCAGAAGAUACUGUUAGCUGAUCCCAGGGCUUCAAAACUUAUUGAUAAAGUGACUGGAGGAGAUCAAGAAAAAAGCAGCAAGGCCUCGUCACCCCUCCGUCUCGACUUAUCGCCUGCUGCUGCAUCACCAACGCUUAAUCGAGGUCGAAGGCUCUUCUUUUAGCCAAAUAUUCCUUCUUGCAAAAGUUUCUCUUGCCUUGGGAAAGCAUUGUGAAUCUCUCUCUCUUGUAUAUGUUAUGCUCUUGCAAGUUUAGUUGCUUCCACUUGAAUGACGAUAAAACAACCUUACCUUCCCGCCUGCUAAUUACUUGCAUUGAUUUGUAAUCAGCAAUUUUCGUCAUUUGAAUGAAUUAAAAGUUUAGUUGAUUU